AUGUCUGAACCUGGUUCAAAUUCUGUGGACAAUGAUACAAACACCAAUGAUUACAAUAUAGAUAAUUCAGAUCCUCCAUACACACCAAAUAGUGACAUGAGUACUGACACUGACAAUUCAGAUAGUUCCAAGCAAUCAGAAUCAUCUGUGAAUAGUUCAAUCUCAGAGGAUAAUCAAGUAUCCUUUGACAAACAGAUAGACGAAACUUCAGAUCAAACGAACUUGAAUAAGUCAAGAGAACUUAAAUCCAUACUAGCUUUAUCUAAAGAAGCUAAUUUAAAAACUGAUAUAUCACAUAAAAGGAAAAAAGAUUUAAAAGUUUUGUCAAGAGGGACUUUUGUGUAUUCUGCUCCGAAGAGACCCAUAAGAAUGUCAUCAGAUAAAAAAGAUGGUAGUAUUAAAUUUCCUGUUACAGCUGAAACAGAACUAGAGGACUCACAUGAAUCUGAUGCAAAGUCUGAUAGUGAUAGUCAUAGUGUUAUAAAGAGAAAAAGAGAUACUUCUAAUGAAAGUAAAGAAAGAGCUUUAUCAGAAGAGAGUGAUAGAAGGGGUAAAAAAGGUCUAAUUGCUGAUUACAAAGUUUUUAAGAUCAAUAAAGAUUCUUUUUGUUGGCGAUGUCAUCGAGACGGUGUGAAUAUCGAUUGUGAAACCUGUCCCAGGACUUUUCACCAUAAAUGUCUAAAACAAUCAAUAACUGAUGAUGAGCAUUGGCCAUGUCCAGAGUGUGUAGGCAUAUUACGAGCCGAAAGUAGUCAAACAAGGAUUAAGUCUAUGAAAGGGAUGCCUAUAUCGCAUCUAAGUAGCCUUCUUGAUUUUGCUUUAAAAAGGAUGAUACAAUGUCAAGGGUCGGAACCAUUUAUGAAUCCGGUAAGUGAGAAUGAAUUUCCUGAAUACAAGAAAUAUAUCAUACAGCCUAUGGAUUUAUCAGUGUUAAAGGAGAAUAUUGAAAAUAACCUCUAUGGUAGUGUCCAGGCAUUUGAAGCUGAUGCCAAAUGGAUAUUGCAUAACAGCAUUAUAUUUAACUCUUAUCAAUCCAAAUUGACUACAGCCGCAAAGAAUAUGCUUAGAAUUUGCAAACAGGAAAUGAUGGAAAUAGAAAACUGUCCGAGCUGCUAUUUGAAAGCGAAUGUCAAUCAAGAUACGUGGUUCGUGGAAGUUUGUCCAAUUCCUCAUAUUCCUGUGUGGGCAAAACUCAAAGGCUUUCCUUAUUGGCCCGCCAAGGCGAUGUCAGUCAAUUCUUCCGGUUUGAUAGACGUUAGAUUUUUUGGUGCACAUGACAGAGCUUGGGUCCAUUGGAGGGAAUGUUAUCUUUACUCGGAGAGAGAUCCAAAUACUUUUAAACAGAAGAGAUAUGACAUAGAAAAAUGCGUAGAGGAACUAGUUGUAUACGUAGAGAAUUUAAAGAAAAUCUACGGCGAUUUCCGUUACGCUCCAUUCAGAACACCCGUAGAUCCGUCAAACCUAACGAGGCAAUUGCAAGUAUUCCUGCCCAAAUAUAAAUCCAUGACUGGUCGGCGAACGACUACAUUAAAAGAACCCAUGGAGGUUAAAAUAGAGCAAUCACAGGAAGCUCAAUCAGAAAAUUCCACAACAGAAGACAACUCCACCAAAGAAGCCAACUCCACAAAAGAAGACAACUCCAUCAAAGGAGAAGGUAUGGAUAUCACGACUGAAGGUUAUGAUUCCGACAACGAAAAGCCGACGCAAAUAAACUUGGAAUCCAAGGAAAGUAAAACUAAGCCAAGCACAGCGAGUGAAUCAAUCGAAGAUGAAGAUGAUAUUGAUGAUACACAAGUACCUUCCAAUGUUUCGAUAGAAUGUUCUACACCUAAAGGAUAUACAAGAAGUAGAAGAAAAGGUUCCUAUACAAUUGACACAAAAGGAAGUUCAUGUAAAUCAUGCGACAAUCAUUCUCCUACCGAAGAAUCUUCAACGCCAAAGAGAUUAAACAAAAAAUACAGUGUUCACAGUGCAAAAAUCGACUCAAAUCAAUUAUCGAAUAAAUCAGAUAAAAUCCAUCGAUUGGCUUGUUCAGAUGUUACAGAAAUUAGUUUAGAAGCGUCAGAUAACAUCCACAUUGCGAACGGUGAAAACGUUGAUAUCAAGAAGAAACCGGUACAAGUUGAUAUCAACAAUAAAGAGAUUUCUAUAUCUCCGAUUAAAUUAAAAAUGGUUUCAAUAAUGAACGUACCCGAAAAAACUACAGAAACUAUUUGUACCACGGAAGAAAAAGAAACUGUAAUCGCUAGUAAUGAAACUAAUAAUAAAACAAAUAAAGAACACGACAGUGAUAUGCCAGAAAGUAGUGCCAAAAGUGAGCCAAAAGCAAAAGUGAUUCAACCUGCAAUUACAGAAUUUUUGAUAAAUAGAAUUUCAAAAGUCGAUGCUGGCAAAGAAAAGCCUGCACAUGAGACAAAUACUGUACAUAAAGAGCAGUUAGUUGGUGGUGCAGGUGGAGCGCAUAACGGGUUAGAUGCGAUGGACGUAGAUUCAUUGGAAGAGAUAACAGGAGAAAAAACGGUGCCGGUAAAUGCAAAUAUAGAACGGAGCAAACCCACAGCAAAAGAGAGCAACAUUGCAGUUUCUAAAAACGUAGAAACAUGUGAAGUUAAAGAUGAAGGAGUUGAGAUAUCAGAAAAAACUGAAAAGCUCCCUAUAGAAAAUAAAAAGGAAACUCUCUGUGUUAGAACUGUCAAUACUUCAAACAGGCCCAUGGUUGACGUACAAAACAAAAAUAAAGAGGUAGGAACGUUACCAGAAAGCAAUCGUCAGCCGGAACAGCCUGUCAAAACUGUGGAAAAAGUUAAACCUGUCGUAGAGUCUAAAGCACCUACUGAUGUACCAGAAAAAACAGCUGUCACUUCAGAACAAACCACUAAAAUUGUUGAUGAUACUUCACCAUCAUUGACAGAUAACGAAGUUAUGGAAGAAACCAAUGCCGAGGACCUGUUAUCGGAUCCAAAGAAAAUCUUCGAUGUUAUACAUUCGUCUCUUAGCUCAAUAAAAGAUGUGAAAAUCAACAUAGAAAAUAAAAACGAUACACAUGAACAAAAAGUCUCUUCAGAUGAACCAAACAAAGAUAAAGAAGUUUCUAAGAAGAGAAAAUUGGUUGGCGACGAGGUGUCUUACAAUCCAGCCAAAGUAGUCAAAUUAGUUCCUAUAGAAAGUAUUAUGAAUAAAAAAAGUCACGAUCAAGCCUCUCCUGAGAAAAACUCCAAUGAUAUACGGCCAAGUUCAGACUCGGAUACGACGAAUCCACUUGAAAUGGUCGUAGAGGAUAUCAAAAGUGAACCAGAAAGUGAGGAAGAGUUUUCUGAAGCGAAUCAAAAUCUGGAAGAAAAGAUGAAAUAUCUGUCCGCCUUGAACAUACACGAAAAGACUGUGGAGAGGCAAAAGCAGGAGAAGAAUGAAAUUAGGACCAGGUCUAAAGCUGAGGAAAAAAGAGAAAGGUUUAAAGUCGUGGAUAACUUAACUCGAAUAAUUGAUGACGUAGCACUAAACUACAGCGCAAAACAUGGUGGCGAUAAAUCAGCACCGAAGAAACCAGAACGAAGAAAAAGUAGUAGUAGUAGUUUUCCCACAGAAGGAGAAAUAUCGGUUAAGUCAUUUGCCAGACUACCCAGUACUUCCCCCUCUAUCAAACAGAGAGCCAGAAAAACGUUUCCUAUUCCCAUGUAUAUUUCGCCUAAUUCCAAAAACUCUCUCUUAAAAAAAGACUUUGCUGUAUUAAGAAGAGAACCCAACAGACAAUUAAAUGCAGGCCAGGAUAUGUCUACAAGUCAGAUCGUUGUUACUGAUAAUUCUAAAGUUACUACUCUACCAACGUCCACCAAAACUACUGUUGCUGUGACUUCGGUUGCGUCAGUUACCACAUCUUCCAUCAGUUUGAUUUCGCAAGCUUCUAUUGUCGCCCAAACCUCGCCUUCGGUGAAUCUAUUAACCGCGCCUCCCUUGAAUGUAAUACCAUCUCCAGCAGUUAACAUACUACAGACACAGAACGGAGGAGAACUGACCACAAAUAUUACAUCUCAAGCUUUGACCAUGGGACAUGUGUUUUUGAUGCCUAGCGGCGGAAUGAACUACUGCACUCCAAUUAUCAGCACGGUAGCACAACCGGCUCCAUCUUUGGUACCUACUCCUAAUGUAUCACAAUCUCUCAAAAAGAGUAUUACUACACCAAAUUUGAAGACGUCUCAAAACUAUAUUCCACCUGAUGAUAUCGAAAUUAUUGAUUGCGAUCCUCCCAUGCACGUUGUUAUGCCAAAUCCAGUAAGUAAUCGUACAGCCAAUCCAUCUACUUCGGUCCCUAAACCGAUAACUCCACCUUCGGUGCCAACAACGACGCCCACAAACACCGAAACGGUACCCACGGCAACAGUUGCAGGACCUUCAACAUCAGCUUCUACGUCGGCUAGGACACCUGUUUCACAAAAAGACGACGAACUGUCAAUUCUUCAUGGACUGUUGCCUGAGAACAUGAGUCGAGUGGUGAACCAGCUCCUAUUAAAACCACCUCCACGGUUAAAACCCAGACCUCCCGGAGUUCUCAGCAGAAUAUACGAUGAAGGCGUUCCUAGCUCAGCAGGAGAUGUUACCUCUAGAAUUAAUUCUAUAGCUCACAGGAUGACCGACUACUUCAGGGGAAUGUUAAUAGAAACACUCGAAGACUUUGGAAAAGCCGCGCAUCCGGAAGCAAAAAUUACCAGUUUGCAAUUAGAAAUGGAAGCCCUAAAGCAUCGGCAUGAAUUGGAAAUGACGGAAGUGAGAAACGCCAUGACGAGUAUUCUUCAAAACGUUCAAAAAAGAGUCAUGGAAGAAAGGACGAUCAUUAUAGAUAAAACGAAGGCUGAGUGCGAAGCAGAAGCCAUACGUAGGGUGGAAGCGGCCAAACUGAAGCAAUGGUGUGCAAAUUGUCCGAAAGAAGCCCAAUUUUACUGUUGUUGGAACACCAGUUAUUGCGACUACCCCUGCCAGCAGAAACACUGGCCCCAGCACGCCCCCAAAUGUACACAAGACGUAGAAAAGACGUCGGGAACAGCACCAGGUCCGCCGAAUAGGCCGUCGGCUCCUCUUAUAUUACGACCUGCAUUGCCGCCGAAACAGGGAAUGGGGGUGAGUUUUUUUUGUAGGCUACGUUGUGGGUCCGGUUUGGAACGUUCAAGUUCGUAG